AUGGCAGAUGCGAAAGAACUUGAGGCCACCGCGCCUGGCAAGUGGCCAUGGCCGGUUCAAAUACCACUCGAUAUUCUCUGCGGGACAGAUCCCGUCGGCAAAUACAUCCCCCCGCUGCUUUGGCUAGCUGACGCAGCGCUCACCUCACUCAUCAUCUGGAAGGUCCCCUACACAGAGAUCGACUGGGUCGCCUACAUGCAACAGAUCAAGACAUUCCUCGCCGGUGAGCGCGACUACACCCUCAUCACCGGGCAGACGGGGCCCCUUGUCUAUCCCGCCGCACAUGUUUACACCUUCACCGGGCUCUACUAUCUUACCGACCAUGGCGAGAACAUUCUUCUCGCGCAGCAGAUUUUUGGAGUCUUGUACAUGGCGACAUUGGCGCUGGUCAUGCUGUGCUACGGGAAAGCCAAGAUGCCCCCAUACGUCUUCGCGCUGUUGAUAGUCUCCAAGCGGCUGCACAGUGUCUUUGUCCUGCGCUGCUUCAACGACUGCUUUGCGGCUCUCUUUCUCUGGCUGACCAUCUACCUGUUCCAGCGGCGAUUCUGGACUUUUGGCGCCGUCGCUUUCUCCCUGGGCCUGGGGAUCAAAAUGUCACUGCUGGUGGCCUUGCCUGCUGUGGUGAUCCUGCUUUUCAUGGGGCGCGGCUUCUGGGCAAGUCUUCGACUCAUCUGGCUCAUGGUGCAAAUACAAUUUGCCCUUGCCGUGCCGUUUCUGGCGAAGAAUGCAAAGGGAUACUUUGGAAAGGCAUUCGAGUUGUCUCGGCAAUUUAAGUACGAGUGGACAGUGAACUGGCGUUUCGUUCCCGAGGAUAUCUUUCUAUCUCGUGGGUUCGCACUGACGCUACUCGCCGGACAUGUCACCGUCCUAUCGGCGUUUAUCAUCCACCGAUGGAUCAAGCCAGCCGACCGCACUCUCCUUUCCAUGCUCCCUUCAUUCCUCAAACUCCAGUCGCCCUUUACGGCCAAAGAGGAGAUUGUCAUCUCCAGUCGCCUUUCUCCGGACUUUGUCAUGUCCUCUAUUCUCACUUGCAUGGUGAUUGGCAUGCUCUUUGCUCGCAGUCUGCACUACCAAUUCUACGCCUAUGUCGCGUGGUCGACGCCGUACCUCAUCGCCCGCGCCUUUCCCAACAACAUCAGCAUUGCGCUGGCAUUCUCCUACUUGCAAGAAGACGGAUGGAACACCUUCCCCAGCACCCCGCUGAGUUCACUCAAGGUCGUCGGCACGUUGGCGGUCGCUGUGGCGGGGAUGAGCGCUGUCGCCCUGCGCGAGGAUCGCAGCAUAAGCAUGGCCGCGGGCAAUGAAGGGGGCCGGCUGGAGGGUGAUGCGUCUGCUGUCAAGCUACCUACCAAAUCCAGGAAGAAUAUAUGA